AUGUCUUUGAACACAUCAAACACGUCGUCGAUCAAGCGCCAACCAUCUGCAACCGACUUCAAGUCAGCUACUACAAAUGUAUCUUCACGCUCCAUGAAGCAGGAAUUAGAUAAUCUUGUUCAAUCAGUUGAAGACCCAACAAAGAAAAAGCAAUUCAAGGCUGAAAUGGAUGGCUUCUACAACCUUUUUAACCGCUUCCUCGAUGAGAAGGCUAGAGGUGAGAAGAUCCAAUGGGACAAAAUCAGACCACCAGCAGCAGAGCAAGUAAGACCAUACUCAGACCUUCCAAAAGCCAGCGACCACUCAAUUCUCGAUAAAUUGGCUGUGUUGAAGCUUAACGGUGGCUUGGGUACUACCAUGGGUUGCGUCGGGCCAAAAUCCAUCAUCGAAGUGAGAGACGGUAUGACUUUCUUGGAUUUGUCAGUGAGACAAAUCGAGCAUCUCAACUCAGCUUACAACGUCAACGUCCCAUUCAUCUUGAUGAAUUCGUUCAACACUCACGAAGACACCAAGCGUCUUAUCCAAAAGUAUGAAGACCACAACAUCCAGAUUCUCACUUUCAACCAAUCAUGCUACCCAAGAUUCGGCAGAGAGAGUCUUCUCCCAACUGCCAGAGAUUUGGACUCACCAAAGGACAACUGGUACCCACCAGGACACGGAGAUAUCUUUGAGGCACUCUACAACUCCGGUUUGCUCGAUGAGCUUAUCAACGCAGGCAAGGAGUAUAUAUUCGUAUCAAACGUAGACAAUUUGGGUGCUGUUGUCGAUCUCAACAUCUACCAACACAUGAUCGACUCACAAGCCGAGUACUUUAUGGAGGUUACUGACAAGACCAAGGCGGAUGUGAAAGGUGGUACCAUCAUCGAUUACGAAGGACAAGCGCGUCUGUUGGAGGUUGCGCAAGUGCCAAAGGAGCACGUCGAGGAGUUCAAGAGUAUCAGCAAGUUCAAGAUAUUCAACACGAACAACUUGUGGAUGAACCUGAAGGCAAUCAAGAGAGUUGUAGAGAACAACCAGUUGAGCUUGGAGGUGAUUAUUAACAACAAGGCACUCGAUAAUGGUACACCGGUUAUUCAGCUGGAAACAGCUGUCGGAGCAGCUAUUAAGCACUUCAAGGGCGCAGCUGGUAUCAACGUACCUAGAUCAAGAUUCUUGCCUGUCAAGUCUUGCUCUGACUUGCUCCUCAUCACAUCAGACCUCUUCAGCUUGGAGCAUGGUGUGCUGAAGCGCAACCCUAAGAGAGUGUUCGAUACCACACCAGUUAUCAAGCUCGGAGAUACUUUCAAGAAGGUGGCUAACUUCCAGGGUAGAUUUAAGUCUAUCCCGAAUGUGUUGGAGCUCGACCACUUGACUGUGUCUGGAGAUGUUGUCUUUGGAAAGAAUGUGGUGCUCAAGGGCUCGGUUAUUAUCGUUGCAAAUGAGGGCAACAGGAUUAUCCUCCCAGACAACUCAGUGAUUGAGAACAAGCUGGUGACUGGUAACCUUGCCAUUAUCGACCACUAG